AUGGAAUGGCGGAGCGAAGCCUUGUCGACAGUGGUGUCGGCGGCGGUCACGGCGGCCCUCCGGGUGGCGCUGCCUCAGCCGUUGUCGCCGCCUCCAGGCGAGUGGCACGAGGCGGCGGCCGCACCAGUGCCGUCGGCGAGGCCGCGCCCGCGGGCGCUCCCCACGGAGUCCCCGCAGCCCAAGGCGAGGCCGCGGCCGAGCGGCACGCCACCUCGGGCCCACCUGGCGAUCGAGGACGCGGUGGAUGCUCCGGAGGCGGCGCGAAGGAACCGCUGGAUGCGGACGACAGCGCCGGAGGCGGCUGCUUCAGCGUCCCGCAGCUCGCCGGUGGCGACGGGGAUCGGCCUGGCGGAGGGCUUGGCGGGCCACAGCGAGGAGGCGCAAGUCAUGGUGUUCGCGGAGCGGAAGCAGCCGGGGAUUUCCGCUGGGGUCCCCCUUUCGGGGGCGACUGCAGCAUCUCUGGGCCUCAACAGCGAGGAGACCGACGAGGCCGACUGGGAGGAGCUGAAGCGCCCCCGAAGGCUGGUCAUGGCCUUCGACCUCGACGCCGGCGACGUCGAGGAGGCCUGGUUAUCGGACGAGUGGGCGCGCUGGUUUCACGACGCUGAUGAUGGUGCACACGUCGGCGGCGUGGAGGCGGCCCCUGGAGACAACGAACUCAAGGAGGAGCAGGAGAGCGAUAUCGUGAAGGACGAUGUGCUGGAAGACUUCGUCGAGCAGGGCGUGGAGGAGUUUUUCGAGGGGCUCGACGUGGCGAGCUCUUCAGACGGCCUCAACAAGUUCGGCGAUAAGAUCUACUUCAAGACGGGCCUCGACAAGCAGGUGCCCGAGAGCAUCGAGUCGGGGGACAACUUCGGGAGUGCGAUGGCGGCCUGCAGUCAUCACACCUACGUGGACGAGCGAGGGCGGGAAGACCAGCGGCCGAAUCCGCUGGAGGCAGCCUCAGCUCGCAGCAUCAAGGGCGAGGCCGACGGCUUUUUGCGCCCGCAGCCCGACGUCAAGGACGAGCGCGGCGAGGAGAAGCUCGAGGACCUCGUGAAAGUUUUGGAGGACGGCGACGGCGACUACAGCGGCGUCGAGUCCAAGUCUUUCGAGAAGAUUGUCGACUGGGAGGCCCUGCGCGAGGUCAACGCGGCCGCCUUCGGCAGGAAGGAGUUGGCACAAGGUCAGCGACUGGCGGCAGAUCGUCUCUGCGCUGACGUCGUGGUUCAAGGAGCUGCCGCGGCCACUGCCCCUGGCGGACGUCGGCGUCGCAAGCGCUACGUGGAGGUCGUGAUGGGCGUCGACGACGACAGCGACUCCAUGUUCCUGCCGGUGCCACGUUCGUAUGCGGACGUCGUGAAGACCAGCAUGGACAGCAACGAGUUUGAGGGCGUAAGGCUCAGGCUGGAGAGCAGCGGCCUCAGGCUGGGCGACGACAGCGUGAAGGCGCUCGUGAAGUACUUCAAGGACGGCGGCAACUGGGACACCUUCUUCCAGUGGGCCUAUGAGACGCGCGUGGGCGCGGACACGGAGCUGGUUGUGAAGACGAUGGAGCUCUGA